AUUUUUAUUUUUGUUUUUGUUUUAAUUUUUUUUUGGUUCUAUUUUCCUUUCCUCACUUGCUUUUACUAUCUGCAUUUCCUCUCAUAUUCCUCUCAAUCCUCGAGAAAUGUCAACUAACGAGGAACAACUGUCUCCCAUCUUAAAAAUCAAAAAAUCAAGAUCAAGAUAUGGCUGUUUAACUUGUAGAAAACGGAAAAAAAAAUGCGAUGAAGUUAAACCAAAAUGUGGCUACUGCUCAAAGAAAAAUGUUGAAUGUGUUUGGAAAGCCCCAGGCACUGAAAACAAAAAUGUAAGAAGAAAAAAGGAAAUCAAAUUCAUCAAUUUGAAUAUCCAGUCCAACAGCAACCUCAAUUCAAAAAACAAAUUCAAUCUAAUAAGUUCGACCUCAACCUUGUCCCCAUCCUCUGCUAAUCCACCUUCUUGUUCCUCUUCUUCCCAACAACAGCAGCUCAACAAAUUGGUCAGCACCUCCUCCCUUCACCACACCAACGAUAACCAAAACAUAUCCUCUUUGAUCUCUGAUAACGAAUCCUCUUCCUCUUCUUCAAGUCCUGCUUCUGCCUUCUCCUUUCCCCAGCUAAGCUCUCCUUCUUUGUCCUCAACAAACCCAAUCACAAACAUUAAUAAUAUUCAUCACAUUCAUCCUCACCAUAACCCAAAUAACCUAAACAACAUGAACAACCUAAACUUGAACAGUUUAAAUUUAAACAAUCUAAGCACCAUUAACAUCAUCAAUUCCCCUCUAAUAACAUCUACAUCAGUCUCUAACGAUUUACUCAACCAUAAAUCUCAAUCCCAGAUCCAUAAUCAAAAUCUUCUCCAAAAUCAUAAUCAAAACCAAUCUAUUCAGAAUUUACAAAAUGAUUUAAACGAUUUAAACGAUUUAAACACUCCCAAUCAAUGGGCGCUAGAUGACGAAUUUCUGUUACAACAGUCUCAUCCAAAUAAUGACAAUAAUAACAAUAAUAAUAACAAUAAUAAUAACAAUAAUAAUAACAAUAAUAAUAACAAUAAUAAUAACAAUAAUAAUAACAAUAAUUCCAAUAAUAAUAAUUCCAAUAAUAAUAAUAACAACAAUAACAAUUCAAAUUCAAAUUCAAAUUCAAAUUCCGAUAAUAACAGCAAUUUCAAUCAAAAUCUUUUCAAAAACAAUAACAAUAACAAUAACAAUAACAACUUAUUCUCUUUUCAAACGCUUUUUAAUAACAAUAACAAUAAUAAUAAUAACAAUAAUAAUAAUAAUAAUACCAAUAAUAAUACUACUAAUACUGCUGAUAAUACUAAUAAUAACAAUAACAAUAAUACUAAUACUAAUACUAAUACUACUAAUAAUAAUAAUAAUAACAACAAAAGUAUCUUAACUAUAGAAAAUUACAUGAAAAACCACCAGACAAAUUUCGAAUCAAAUUUUGACUCAAAUUUCAAUAAUUUAGACAACAAUUUCUUUGUAAUUGAUAACAACAACAUCUCCCAAGAACCCAAUGAUAAAGUUCAAUCCGAUUUAAUUCAUCUACUUCGAAAUUAUCUACCCUUAUACGAUUCUCCAAAUGUCAGCCUACCAAUCGCCUUGAAUAACCAAGAAAUGUCUUAUUUCGAAUACUACUGCAACUCGGUCGCUUCAACUAUCUCAAUUGUGCCAAAAGAAUCUAACUACUUUUUAAAACUAUUUUUACCAAUGGCCCUAAAGGAAAAAUCUGUCCUAUAUGCUUUAAUCGCUUGGGGCUCCAUUUUCAAACAAUCUCACAAAAAUGACACCUCCAACGAUAUAACAAUGCUACAAACAGACCAGAUUAUGGACGAUGUCAACUCAAAUAACUUCAAUGACUUGAAAAACGUCAAUCAAAUCACGAAUAAUCAUCUAAAUAGCAAAACCGCAAACACCUCUCUAAUACUAACCAAGGAAAGCAACUUCUACAUUCAAAAGGCUUUAUCCGUCAUAAACGAACUACAAUCAAACGAUUGGAAAACAUAUUCAAAGCUUUCAAACAGAACCUUCAUAACUUCGCUUACUUGCUAUAUUAUUUUGGUCUGCAUAAAAAUUUCAACUGGCGACACUCAUUCGUGGGCAAAAUUUUUAAAUGAUGGUUAUUUUUUAAUUAAUAAAAUGGGUGGGUUUGGAAUUCUAAAAGACUUUUCAAGUGAAGGCAAAAUUUUAGCCGAAAACUUUGCUUAUUUUGAUAUUUUAGCCUCCCAGUCCAAUGAAAAUGGUACAUAUUAUCCAAUGUCUCUCUAUUAUGAAAUCUUCAAUAUGAAAGACAACAAUGGCCUAUUGGAUUCCUUACAAGGUUGUCUCAAGAGUCUAAUUCUAAUAUUGGGGGAAGUCAUUAAUUUAAACGUUCAAUUAAAACUUUUGCAAGAUUACAGCGAUGCUAAUUUUGAUAGCUACGAUCAAUUAUCAAAUAUCCUAAAGAAAGCUCAUCAUUUAGACCAAAAAGCUGAAAAUUGCAAGCCAAAUCCAAUAGAUCUAACUAGUUUCAAAAAUACUGAAGAUGUUGAUAACCAUUUGAAAUUAUUUCAACUCUACCAGUUAACCAUCCAACUCUACAUUAAACAGUCCCUAAGAAAACUCCCUCCGGUAGUUCCAGAAAUUCAAAUAAUGCUUUACAAAAUGAACUCUCUCCUCGACUCUUUAAUCAAUACUCCUGUCAAAAGCUCUCUUUGCUUCCCAAUGUUAAUCGCUGGUUUAAAUUCUGUAUUUGAAAAAGACCAAGCUGGUAUUGCAAGCAAGUUUAAUCAAUUAAUGAGAUUAUACCAAUUUGUUGGUAUCAAGAAAGCAUGGAUAGUAAUCCAAGAAGUUUGGAAAUUAAAUAACAACGGAACAUUAUGCGUUGAUUGGUAUAAAAUCACUAAAAAAUUUGGUUGGAGACUUAAUCUUGGUCGAUAAUUCAAUAUAUUUCAAAUUCGAUUUUAUUAAUGUUUUCCAAAUUUU